AUGGUUGAUGUAAAAAGUAAUACAAAUGAAAUACAUGAUUGUAAUCAUGAACCAAAGAUGAGAACUGACAGCUCUGGAACUGCAUCAACACCUUCCUCAUCAUUUGAAUAUAUGACAGGAGAAGCAGAUGACAGUUCAGAGAGUAAAUCAGUCAUACCUUUUAGUUUAAAAUCAGUAGAGAAUUUGCUUUCAUUAUCUAAGGCUACUUGUGAAGAAGAGCUAAAAGAAAUGGUACAAAAAUGUAAGCAAAUGGUAUUAGAAAGUGCAGAAUGCUCAGAUGAAAGAAAAUGGCUUGUUAGACGUUUAAUUGAAUUACGCCUGAGAGUCCAAGAAUUGAGAGAAACUUCAGCAGAAAACUUGCCUGAAACCCAAGUGAUUUUAGGUCAUCAUUUAAUACCACAAAAAUAUUAUGUAGCAACUUAUGGACCUGCAUAUUGUGAUCAUUGCAGUGAAGCUAUUUGGACUAUGCUUCAAUCGUGGUAUAUGUGUAGUGAUUGCAAAUUUUGUUGCCAUUGGAAAUGUUUAAGUAAUAUACAUAGAGUAUGUGUUCAUGUAGUUGCUAGUGAAGCAGGUGGUUAUACUUACACAAAGGAUAUUUGUCCUGAACAGGGUUUAGCAAAUCAAGGAUACAGAUGUGCUGAGUGCAAAGUGGCAAUAACAUUUAAAUCAGCGUGGAUCGAGCCGCGACUCUGCGACUACAGCGGAUUGUAUUAUUGCCAAAGAUGCCAUUGGAAUACCGCAAUGGUAAUUCCAGCAAGAGUAAUCAGAAAUUGGGACAUGGAGCCACGACUCGUGUCUCGCGUCGCGGCACAACUUUUAACACACUUAGAAGAUCGUUCGGUCCUAUUACUCGAAGACUUAAAUCCAAAAUUAUUUACUUUAGUUCCAGAUCUAUGCUUAGUAAAGAAAAUGCGGGAGCAGAUGCAAAUGAUGAAACGUUAUUUAGUUCUGUGCCCUGAUGCUAAUAAUCAAGGGUUACCAUGGAAAAUUGGAAUACGCACUCAUAUGAUAGAAAGUUCGGGAAAUUAUUCCAUUAAAGAUCUCAUCGAUCUUAAUAACGGGACGCUGUUAGAGGAAAUUCAUGCCGCAUACGAUACUAUGCACAUUCAUAUCACAGAAAAAUGUCAAUUAUGUAAAGCAAGAGGUCACUUAUGCGAAAUGUGCGGUAAUGGUGAAAUUAUAUAUCCAUGGGAGACAAAUUCUAUUAGUUGCCACCAAUGUUCGGCUGUUCAUCAUCGUGCCUGUUGGUCUAAACGAAAUUGCUGUUGUCCACGAUGCUUGAGGCUUAAAAAGCGACGUGCCUUGCAAGAUCAACAGAAUACGGACACAGACGAUUGUAUAACAGAAGAUGGAUUGAAUACGAGUGAUUCGCCGAGCGAUACGACAUAA